AUUCGUUCGUUGAUAUUUCGGACGUCUCGUCUUCUACCAUUGUCUCAGUCCUACCGAGUAUACUAGCUCUACAACAAUGCUGACUGUCAUUGCUCUCUGUCUCAUCGCAGUUUGUUCUGCACAACAUCUCCCGCCUCACAUUUCAGAGACGUUCUCCGCAGAUAUAACUUUUCGCACUCAUAUGGGACCACGAGGAGUUCGUACAGAAACUGGCCGGAUGGAUCACGAUCAAACAAACAACAGAGAGGCAGUUAGUUUGCAAGGAAUGGAAGGCGAGCGCGAAACGACGUUUACUCGCAUUGCGUUGUACCACCAUGACAACCAAGAAGGCAUGCGUUACACAAUUCAAGGUGCAGGAAACGAAACGCACUGUGAACAUCGUCCUUUGCCAGGAGAUCUACGUCCAUACUGGGGUUUCCUCAUGAAUGCCGAUUUCGAGCGCGAGACAAACUACAUGGGCAAGGAUGCUUUUGAAUUCACAUUUCAUAAUAUGGAGUCGAGGAGUGAAGGAACGAUUCUUGUUGAUGCUAUGCAGACUUCCAUUCCCUUGCUGGUGAACCAUACGCACGGAGAUGAGUUUGCCGAAUCGACAGAGUACCGAACCUUCGUGCCAGGACCUCCUCCGGCAUCCGAUUUCGAAAUUCCCGCUAGUUGUCGGGAGCGUCGAGUAUGAACAAACACGACAAACGGACAACUAGCCGCUGUAAUGCUUUGGAUGUUGCCAUUGCUUUGUCAUUGAACGAAUAGCGUCUACCUGCAGUGCGCUAAAUAUUCUACUAUUUUAUUUCAAUUAGAUUGCAGCUAGCUUUCGCCUGCUAGUCUCUUGCUGCUUCUGAAAUCACUAACAUACAAUUACAGCACUAACUAGUUUUUCA